GGAAUCGAACGCACGUUCCACUAAUUAUAAACUUUUUAUAAUUGGUUGCGAAUUACCUAGGUACCUACUUGUUAAGGUUGUAAGACGAGGUUUUGUGGUAAAGUGUUUUUUAAAACUUUAAAAUAAAAUAAAAACAAUAUUUAAACGUAAGAUACUCGUACCUAAACUAUUUUGUAAAAAUUUUAUGUUACCACUAAUUAUAGAUUUUUAUAAUUGGUUGCGGAUUUCUUUUUAUUAAGGUUGUAAGACGAGAUUUGUGUUUUUUAAGUGUUUUUUGUUUUGUUUUAAAAAUAUACAAGUUAAAUAUUUAAACGUGAGAUGCAUAUAACAGUUUUGUUAAAAUUUUAUGCUACCUGUGAUGUGGAUUGAAGGUUUUUAAGAUAAGACGUCUCAAGGAGGUGAUGUGAAGAUUUGAAGGAAUAUUUGUUGCAAGCGCUAUGUGAAGAUAACAAGAUGUUGUUGAACAUUUGCAAAUCAUGCCAGUACUGCCUGGAGAGUUUGUACUGGUCAUGCUGCGAGGAGAGGUUUUGUUUUGACAAGAAGAUAGCGACUUACACUUUAGAAGAUGAGAAGGCGUACGCAAAUGGAUACGCUAAUAUGGGCGCGAGCCUGGAUAGCGUUGUCACACAACAGCCGGUCAAUAACAACCAUUUGCCGCAGGGAGCGAUCGUCGGUAGAGAAGUUAACGAAAUGCCCUUGCACGCUGACAAACUAUAUGAGGUUUUCUCUAAAUCACUAAUAUUUAGAGACGAUCAUGAGUUAAAGAAAGCCAGCACUAAUUCGCUAGAUGAUCUAGAAACAAAGUCCGAACCUGAUUAUUUAUCAGACAAACCAAACAGAACAAAAGUUUACUUCGAAGACGAACUGGAUUCACCUGUCACAGAUUUCGAGAUUAUGUUCAAAGAUGAACUCAAUUAUGACAUGUUUAAAAUCGAAGAAGAGGAAGAAGAUAGCAACAGUCCGGAUACGGAAGAAGGUUUGACAAUGAAUGUAGCUAUAAAGAAACAAGAUGUGAUCAAAACGAGUACAGUUACAAUGAAAGACGAACCGAAGCUUGCGACGCCACACAAUGUGUAUGAAUAUGAUCCAGUUUCAAUGUUAACUCUACCACCUAUUCUUUCGUUACCGAGAGUUGAAAGUGUGAAGGGAAUAUUGCGGACAAAUAGCACUAAGACAUUAGACAGAACAGACAGUGGCUUAAGAUUAUCAAGACCUACCCUUAAUAGGGUUGAAAGUUUGAAAAAUAUAGACCCUAAUAAAAUUAACAAAGUUCUUGCAAGAGUACCCCAUAGAAGUGCAUCAUUCUUGAACAUCCCAGCACAUUUAGUUCCAGAAAAACCUCCAUUGACUAAAAGCAAGUCUACUGUAGGGAUGUCCUCCGCUUCCAGUGAAUUGAAAUUAAGCUCGCUACCGGAUACACCUAUUAUAAAAAGUAACAACUUGCCAAGAUUCUUCGCAGAUAGUCCAUCGUUUAUACCAGAAUAUAAAGGAGAAACUAGUUUGCAAAGUAUAAAACAGCAGUCAGCGAUGAUGGUAAAAAUGAACGAUUUUAGCAUGCCCCGUUAUUACGGCACAGUGUCAAAAUCUACAGAGCAUUUAUCGGUACAAGAAAGUAAAUCUAUGCCUGAUCUUCGGAAUCCCACAUCGACUGGAAAAGCUAGUAAAAGGCUUGUCAAAUUAAGAAGCAAGUUAAAGCCAUUAGUGAUAAGAAAAAGUUCGGAGGAAAAGUUGUGAAGUGAAAAAUUGUAUUACGAUUAGAAAUAAGUUUAUCCUUAAGUUAUUCUAAGAGCUCUGAUCAAAGAAUUAUUGCAGGAUAAUGUACAAUAACUUCAUUUUUAUUUGACGGAUAUUUAUCAUAAAGAGAAAAGAAUAUGAUUUUAUAUUCAUUAUGUUAAUACUGUUUGUAUGACAUUUUAAAGACUACAAUGACGAUUAACGAAAAUGGACAUUUGACUCAAAUACCAUGAUAAAUUACUCUAAAACAACAGAUUAUAUUCACUUUAAUAUUAUGUACUUAUUACCGUUUUGAGUUUUAAUUUAUUUUUAACGAAAUUUUUGGUACAUCGUUAGUAAUAUUAAUAUGAAUUUUAGUAAAAAAAUAACAUAAUGUACAUAUUUAUAGCAUAAUAUCAGUAUUGUGUUGCUCAAACGACGUGCCUACCUACCAAGUGAUUGUGAUUAAUUUAAAAUAUUAGAUACAU